AUGGUAGAUAUCGUCAAGCGAUGUAUAAAUCCACAACUUCGUAAGUAAGCUGUAUCGCCAAUAUCUACUUUUACUAAAAUAGAUCCCCAGCUCAGAUUACCCCUUUGAUGAUCGAUGAAAUCACAUAUUCGUUCAAUAAGCAAAUGGGUGAUUCAAUGGGUAACCUUCCGCGUAGGAACGUGGGCGGAUAAAGCUUACAUUGUCUACAGGUUGGAAAGGAGUUAACGCAAUGGGUUUCUUUGGCGGAAUCAGCCAUCGAGUAGCAUCGCGAAUAUUCGUGGGCGAGGAACUCUGCCAGGACGAAAGGUUCUUGGAAACAUCACAAAGCUUCCUGAACUCCAUUUUCAUGACCGCACUCGUCAUAGUCAAGCUUCCCUUGGGUCCUUUUAGGCAAUUGUUUUGCUGGCCGUUGUCCCGCGUUCAUGCAUGGAGACUAAGAAAAGCCGCAAAGCUUUUGCUGCCAGAAGUGAAAAAGCGGAUGCAGCUCAGGAUGGACAAAUGCAAGACAGCUGCACAUAAACUUGAUGCAAUAGAGUGGACGCUGGACUUUCCAGCUUCAACACCAUUCAAUGAUACACCGGAGCAGAUAACAACUGAGUUGCUCUAUGGUCUAUGGGCGGGUAGCUCUGUACCUGGUGGUAUGUUAACAGAAAUUGUCUACCAACUUUUAUUACUACCAUAA